UGCAAGUGAACAAUGCAUCGAAGAGACAAACGACUGCAAGACUUCAGCUUCCAGUAGCAACGGGCAAACAAGGCCGACAUUGCAUAGUUAUAGCAUAACCUACAUGUACAUGUACCCACGAUUUGCAACAUUCCGCUAAUAUUAUCGAAAUUCGAUCUGACUGAGCAUUUAAAUUGUAGUUCUAUCCGAGUGCAUAGGUUAUUGGGCGGUCUCGACUUGUUGACAUUCACAACGGAGUAGACCUUGGAAAAACUGGAUUUCCGGUGAUUAAGAAUUAAGACUCCAAUAUGGGAUCUGGUGGAAGUAAAAAGCCCAAACCACCUGCACAACCCAAGAUGGUGGCUGGAGUUCCCCCGCAGCCGCCUUAUCUGGGUCCUCCCUGCGAAUACCGCAUGGAAAACUUCUUGGUUCCGUACGUGGUACAGUCGGACUUCGGAUUCAUGCCCGUUCAAGGCAUGCCAUUAACCACAAUAGACUUGAAUGUGUACAACAUGGCCCUGGGGUCACUGUAUGACCUUGGAUAUCGUCUGGUGUCAUUCUCAGUCAUUCCUGCCUCCCUCACAGUCAGUGGAUUUGUCACGGCUAAUGUCAAACAAACACACAAAUACCAAGGAAUUUGUCGGAAAUUACCAGAAGACGAACAACCUCAGCAAUGGUCUCUAAAGGUCGUCAAGUCGUUUUUGCCCUCUAAAGUAUUUACGUAUGGAUUGUUCCGAUUAGGAGAUGCUAAAAUCACAGCCGAUUCUAACCACAUUUUCCAGACGAUUUUGCAGGAGGCGGCAAACGGUGCUCGACUUGUAUGCAUAGAAAUAACAGGUUUUAACUCCCAAAAUGUGCAAGCACCUAUGGCGACAAGCGCAGCGGCAGGAGCCUUUGGUGGCGCAGGUGCCAUGAACAUGUGCUUCUUUGGGCAAAGUCCAAACAUGAUUUUAGGAGUGGACAUCUUCCUGGAGAUUCCACGAAACCCAACUUCUGCCCGUUAUGUUUACCAGUGUGUUACAAUUCCUAUGAAAAUCACAUGGACGAUGGCGAUGGCUAUGGGCGGGAAAUGGAUUGUAGAGAUGGACUGGGUAGGAGUGACGUCACAAUACCUUGGGAGUGGAUGGAGAAUGGUUGACUUGUUCAUGGACCAAAACAACAGUGCUUUCCGUGAUAAUGCAUUCUUCACUUCAAAAAUAACAAUCAACCAGAACUGUAUAUUCUUUUUUGAAAAGGAGGAGUCCAAGAUGAAUGAUAACACUCCCAUCUAUGAAGCAACAAUGGUCCAAUAUAACUCCCCGGGGAAAAUGACAGGCGGGAUUGGUACCACCACAGCAACAUUUAACACGGCUUGGGAACCCGUGGUGAAUCAGCUAGGAACCUUUGGAUGGGAGCUAGUCAAAAUCCUAGACACGCCAGCAUUGAACUUUGACGGUAUGGCCGGGUUCGGUUCGCUUUCAUUCAAAAAGGUCAUGUGGAUGUUUUAUCAGAGAAAAAUCGUUACAGCUGCUGCGCCACCUGCUGGCGAAAAGCCUCCACCUGCUGCAGCAACCCCGCAACAGUGAAAGUAGUACUGCAAUUUCUGAUGUACAUGUAUGCGUGGCUCUGUGAUAUAUUCAUUUAAUUUGUAAUAGUUUUAUUGAAACUGUUCUCGCUGGAAUGGUCUACUGUUCAUUUAAUUGUAACUGACUUUCACAUUCUGUUUCUUUUGAUGAACCUUCGAAGUGUACAGUAAAUACUGGGAAGACUU